UAGAAAGAAUGCCUUGUAUUCAGCUGGUAUCCAUGAAAAUGAAGAUGCCCAAGUCAUUUGCUGCUUUUGUUCUCUUCACAAUGUGGCAUCUUAUACCAUCCGGGAGUUCAUCAAGGGCGCAAGCCUGCACAUUUUACAUAAGCAACAAAUGCCCCUUCCCAAUAUGGCCAGCAACGGCUUCAAACACAGGGCAACCAGUGAUUGCAAAGGGCGGAUUCUACCUUCCACCAGGCCAAACCAAAACCAUACAAGCCCCGGGGGCAUGGAGCGGCCGCAUUUGGGCCAGAACCGGCUGCAACUUCAACUCCGACGACACCAAGUCCAGCGGGGAGCCCGCCUGCGAAACGGGUGACUGCCAAGGACAGCUCGAGUGCAACGGGAAAAUCGGGCUUCCCCCUGCCACACUCGUCGAAAUUUCCCUCCAGGCAGACAAGAGCAAGCCAAGCUUCUACGACGUGAGCUUGGUGGACGGCUAUAACCUCCCGGUUUCCGUCUCAACAAAGCCCGCAUCGAAGAAAUGCCAAAUCGGAGGGUGCCAGAAGGACUUGAAAAGCGCGUGUCCGAAGGAACUUCAGAUCUUGAACGAGGAAGGAGAAGUUGUAGCUUGCAAGAGCGCUUGCUUGGCUUUCGACCACGACAAGUUUUGCUGCAGGAAUGAGUAUGGGAGCCCGGAGACGUGCAAGCCGAGCGUGUACUCGAAGAUCUUCAAGGAUGCUUGUCCUUCUUAUUUCAGCUAUGCAUUUGACACACCAACACCGCUGGUGAAUUGCCCUUCUGAUGCGUAUGUGAUAACCUUCUGCCCUUCGAAAUGGGGCAGUGAAAAUACAGAUAUGUAGAGUUAGAAGCUUUGAAAUUGGCCCUUAUUUACAGUUAAAAGUGGGGUCGUGAUUGAUAUAGCCGUGCUAGCUUCCGGAAGGUUUGGAUUGCAUAGUCGGAUCUAUAUAAUGGUUUGACUGUAGGACUAUUCCUCCGUUACCCAAAAAGAAAGAAAGUAUGAAUUUGCUAUUGACUAACCAUUUUAUUGUCAACUUGAUGACAUCAAAUGGUAUGAUUUGUAUGAUUUGUGUAUUGAAAUUCGAGUAACACAAGUAGAAAGGA